AAAUGUAAGGACUCGUGGUGCAAUUUAUCCGCUGCAACGCUCUGCAUAUAAACCCCGAAAGCUCCCUCGCGGGAACGCGAGAAGAGAUCUGAGGUUAGCUCUCUCUCUCUCUCUCUCUCUCUUUUACUUUCAAUUUUUGUGUUUGAUUCUCUUCGAUCCCUCCUUUUAGGGUUUUUGGCUAUCAACUUGAGCGAAUUUGACCUCUGUGUGCCCGAUCUCAAUGGGGGAAACACGCAACCCUAGCAAAAGGCCUCGCCUUUGCUCCACGAACCCCAAAGAAACAGUCGAAAACCCUUCUUCUCCAAUCUCGAACCUGAAGACCAGGUUCCUCGGACAGGCGUCGGAUUCGAAUGCGGAAACCAUGGAAGCAUCACAAUCACCCUCGACAAUAAGCUCGGAGGGUCGAUUGCGAUUUCGUAGAAGCAUCGAUGAGUUCGAGAGGCUGAACAAGAUCGGGGAGGGCACUUACGGUGUUGUGUAUAGGGCCAGGGACAGGAUUACAGGCGAAAUCGUCGCUUUGAAGAGGUUGAAGAUGGAGAAAGAGGGGCGAAAGGGCUUUCCGUGGAGGAGGGAGAUUGAUUGCCUCGCGCGUUGUUGUCGCCACCCGUCGAUCGUAGAGCUCAAAGAAGUUGUUCUAGCCGACAAAUCAGAUCACGUUUUCUUGGUCAUGGAGUAUUGCGAUCACGAUCUCGAUCGCGUGAUGAAGAAGAGAAAGCAGCCGAUGUGCGAGAGCGAGGUGAGGCAACUCAUGAGGCAGCUGUUUCGCGGGAUUCAGUGCCUUCACAAGCAUCAGUUUCUCCACAGGGAUCUGAAGCCUUCGAAUAUCCUACUGAACGAGCUCGGUGAGGUAAAGAUCUGCGAUUUCGGGCUCUGCACGAAGAUCGGAAACCUCCCUUACACGCAGCCGGUGGUGACUCUGUGGUACAGAGCGCCGGAGCUUCUUUCGGGAGCUGAGAAUUACUCUACUGCUAUUGACAUGUGGUCUUCGGGGUGCAUAAUGGCAGAGCUGUUGGCGAACGAGCUGUUAUUCUGCGGGCGGUCAGAGUUUGAUCAGCUGAGCAAGAUAUUCAGAGUUCUCGGGACGCCGAACGAGGAUAUGUUGCCAGGUUUUGCUGGCCAUCUGGGUGCACCUUUUCCCCGUUCUCGGAGGUCGUGUAGUAAGCUGCGGGAGAAGUUUCCGGCGACGGCUUUUUCCAGCCGCCCAACUCUCUCAAAAUCCGGAUUUGAGUUGUUGUCCGCGCUUCUAAAUUACGACCCUGAGAAGAGAAUGACAGCAGAUGCCGCUCUCAAACAUCCAUGGUUCAGUGAGGCCCCUGCUGCUGCUCCUGUUGAGAUUGUGCUCCCCUUUCAUAUGCAAGAUGCGAACGGCAGGAAUAUGAGACAUAGAUUUAUUUCUACUCAUCAAAUUUCAGUAGAAAUAAGAGUGUGCUGAUUUUGCUUAAAUGAAUUAAUUGCGGACUUUCAAACUCUCUUCACAGACAUUGGCUCCUUGUGCUAUAAUUUACCAACCUAAGGUGUGUAUUCUCUUACAUGCUUUUUUCCCUUUUUUUUCGAUUUCUUGUCCCAAAUCAAAGGAAAGCAUAAUUUGUACAUAUUAUAGGGGUCUUUUAAUGUCCUUACUGCAGAGUAUUUUAGUGUUGCCUUAUGCAUUUAGCUUCAGAUAACCUUGGAUUUUAAGUGGAAUAAAAAUUACUGAUGCUGCGUUGCAAUUAUUUCACUUUGCCAUUUCGUAUUUUGAGUUCAUUAUGAAUGUUGACGUUUUUUCCAGGUCUAAUAUUGCAUUCAUUUUGUCUCUGGAUCAGCUGUUUUUUGUACAUCAUAUAUAGCAGUGCCGAGGCAUGUUAACAUAGGGCAAAACAUGCGAUCGUGCUAUGAGAAGUCGAAAGCCACCAAAGAAACCGGAAAACUGCUUCGUGCUGUUGCUAAACUACAACUCAGGUUUGGGAAAAUAUUGCUCAAAUAAAAUAGAAAGGAAUCAUAUGACUACUACAUGCGAAAAAAAGAGAAGCAGAUGUAAGUUUGAAUAUGCAUACUAAAUUUAGUCUUAUGCCUGCAGAGAACAAACCGCUGUAGAAAGAACUGUUUACCGCUGAAAAUUCUAAUAUUUCAAUAAAAUGAAGGAAGAAGAGAUCAGUUCAGGGGAGAGGAGAAGGAAAUUAACAAGAAAGAAUCAACAGGAGAGACGGAAAAAUGGAUAGAAUUUAAUAUGGAAAUUUUUUUCUCAAUUUUCUUGAUAGUAACACUACAUGGCCUUUCAAGUACUGCAGAUGAAUGAAACAAAUCCUGCAAUUGUGUCCUAAGACAAAAUGCACUACCAACCAGUUUGUCGCAGAAUAGUUAGUCAGGGACUUGAUUUCAUGGGAUCCAGGUUCCGCUUUCGGUUUUACUUGUACAUGUAACAAACUCACAGCAUUACCAGCAAGAGAGUAUUGAAGAACUGAUCAACAUAGAACUUGUGUAACCCACUAUUAGCAAGUUAGUCAAAGAAACUGUCCAUCAACAUAUAUUUUGACUCCUAUCAGGCUCUAUUCAAGAGCCAUAUUAAGCUAUCACCCUCUAAUGAACUCUUCAUUGAUUCCUCCUUUUAAUUUCGUCAACAUCUUUUAACUCAGGUUUCAUCCUAUUGAAACUUUGUAGCAAUUCUUAAGAUCUUCCAAAUUUACAAUGUGUUCUUCAACUUUUCAA